ACAUCGUAAAAUAAAAUGGAUUACCGUCGUAAGCGGAAAGAAGAGAGCUCUGAUGAUAAUCCGGCGUAUUCACGACUUUUCGUUGUCUGCGAAAGAGUGUUGACAGAGACUAAUAUUCGAGAUGCAUUUUCUAAGUUCGGUGAAUUAGAAGACGUCAAAAUGCCUCGCGACCGUCACUCAGGAUUUCCCAAGGGAAUUGCUUACGUAAAGUUUUCGAAAACUUCCGAAGCCGCCGCUGCAUUGGAAGCCAUGAAUUUGCGUGUAUUACCAGAUUCAACUCGUCCAUUGAAAGUUAUGGUGGCCUGUAACCGGUCAGAUAUACAGUCUGAUGACGAGGAUAACGAUAAGUAUAGGAGAGUAUUCAUAAAUAUUCCUAAAACCACUACAGAAAAUGAGCUUGAUGAACACUUCAAAGAGUUUGGUAAAAUUAUAUCUAUACAAAUACAGAGAGACAGAGACACUGGAGAAUCUAAGGGUUUUGCUUAUAUAAAAUACAAAAAGUUUUCAGAUGCAGCCUGUGCCAUUGAAAAUUGUGACAAAAUAUAUAGAGCAAUUUUUGCACAGCCCAGAGGUUAUUACUCUAGACGUCAAGAAACUAGUUAUGAAGCAAAGCUUAAUGAUUUGGCAAAUACAUCUACAAAUGUCCGAACUAGUCUACUUUCCAUGAUGAACACUCGGCCAGAAGGCUACAAACGUGUUCACUUUAUGUGUGCACCAUAUCUAGCAUAUCAUCAGGUUAAUUCUUUAUUUGAUCUUAUCCCUGGGAUGGUACAUUGUGAUUUCUUUGUUGAUUUAAUUCACAACUUUGGCAAAGGCAUUGUUCUUUACUCUAAUCCAAUUUCAGCAGCUUAUGCGGUGGAGAAAUUGAAUAAGCUUGAGUACCCCCCUGGUGUGAGAAUAUUUGUAAAACCAGAUCAUUCCAAAUUUGAUGUCACACAUGAGCAGAGCUUCGCAACAAUGCCUAAUGUUGUGAACAAAUUGAGGAAUGCCAUUACUGAAACUUCUAGUUCAUCUACACCAGACUUGGCAAAAUUAGCAGAAGCAAUUGCUGAAGCCUCUAAACUUAUCAAAUUGGCUACUCAAGGUGUCUUAGAGGAAAAAAUUCCAGAUAGUAGUGACCUAAGUUACUGCAGUGUGAAAUUACCCCCACCAAAGCCAUUAGCUGAUAUUGACAGUCCAGUAGCUAAACGGUGUUUUCUAGUGAGUAAACCUCGGCCACCACCAUUUACUGUUUUACGGGAUGUUUUUUGUCGUUUUGGGGAUCUAAUCAAUGUUUAUACAUUGCCCAAUAAAACUGUUGGAUAUGCUAGAUAUGCUUCCAUACAGGCAGCUGAUGAUGCCAUUAAAGCUUUACACGGUGCAGAGAUUUGUGGUGUUCGCAUGAAGGUUAUAGAGGCAGAAGAAGAGCAACCCCAUAAGAGAAUGAGAUAUGACUGACGAGUCCCUAACAAUUACCAGACAAUUAUUUACUAACAUACAUAUUAAUCCAAGGACACAUGAGACCUUACACUGGACUAGACAAUGGACUCAGGACAUCACAAGACAUUUAUAUUUUGCCCAUGUUAUAAUGAAAUGACAAAUAAAAUUUUUUUUCCC